AUGACGCAACCAUCUACUAUCACCUCGCGCUUCCUCACCCACCCCGAUCAUUUGGGUGUGGUCGCCGUUGGAUUCAAUGGCGGACAGAUGAAGAAAGGUGUCGAGGCCGCCCCAAUGGCUCUGAUCGAGGCCGGACUUCUCGACCAGCUCCGCGAUGACCUCGAAUAUGAGAUCCACCACGAUAACACCGUCCACUACUACGAGCAAGACAUCCCGGCCGAGGACCCCGAUCACCGCAACAUGAAGAAGCCUCGUGCCGUCAGCGCUGUUACCGAGCGCCUGAGCUCCCAGGUCUACAACUACGCCAAGGACGGAAAGUUUGUCUUGACCUUGGGCGGCGAUCACUCCAUUGCCAUUGGUACCAUCUCCGGUACCUCCAAGGCUAUCCGGGAGCGAUUGGGUCGUGAGAUCGGUGUGAUCUGGGUCGAUGCCCAUGCCGACAUCAAUCUUCCCGAAAUGAGCCCUAGCGGCAACAUCCACGGUAUGCCUAUGGCAUUCCUGACUCGGCUGGCCAGGGAGGAGAAACGCGAUAUCUUUGGCUGGUUGCAGGAUGAGCACAUUGUGAGCACUCGCAAGUUGGUGUACAUCGGUUUGCGCGAUGUGGAUCGUGGAGAGAAGAAGCUUCUCCGUGAGCACGGGAUUAAAGCUUUCAGCAUGCACGACAUUGAUCGUCAUGGCAUUGGUCGCGUUGUUGAGAUGGCACUCGCUCAUAUCGGCAAUGAUACCCCCAUUCACCUCUCCUUCGAUGUUGAUGCGCUGGAUCCCCAGUGGGCGCCCAGCACCGGUACCCCCGUUCGUGGCGGAUUAACUCUGCGCGAGGGUGAUUUCAUCUGCGAAGCCGUACACGAGACUGGUAACUUGAUCGCCAUGGAUUUGGUCGAGGUGAACCCCAGUCUAGAGUCGGUUGGAGCAGCGGAGACCAUUCGUGCAGGCUGCUCGUUGGUCCGCAGUGCGUUGGGCGAUACCCUUUUGUAA